GUUUUUCUCUUAUUGAUGUUUAUCUCUUAUUCUACAAUCAAUAUAUGUUUUUGUCAUGAUUUCAACGUUUUCUUUGGAACUUUGUUCGACGUCUCGUCGAUUUUCUGUUUUUCUGAACCUUUUGUUCAUUUUUUUUCCAAUGAGUCGCUGUAUAAUACCACAGGCAAAUCAGGAAGAUUUACUUCGCUCGUUCAAGAGCUAUUCCGAUGUGACAAUGUUUCACUUUACAGUACCGAAAGAGGUGCCUCGAGCUACAUGGCAAUUUGCUGCUUUUAUGGAUGAUCCUACAUGCCAUACACGAAAAGUUUACAUAUACCUAAAGUUUGGUAGUUAUCCAGUAAUCACUGUAAAUAAUGGAAUAUCAACAAAGUCAACCAAAUAUGAUUACGAUAUCGUAGUCACUACUACUACAACUUAUCAGUCGAAAAAUGUAACUGUUGUUCCAGUAUAUGAGCCACAACCUGGAGAUUGGUUCGUAGCAGCUUAUAUGUCUUAUUGGGAUGAGAAAGUUCAACAGCAGGGCCUAGGACACAAAUGUCAAUAUAGCAUAGGUGCAAUAGCUCUAUGGUCGCAAAUAGAUAAUAUUAUAAAUAUUCCUAUUAAUUAUCAAACGAGAUUGCGAACAAGCGCAACGACAACAUACUACAAGAUAUAUAUUCCGUCAGGAUUAUUGAGCUUCCGUUUAUCGAUCUGGAACUGCAAUUUUACGUUGCAUAAUUUUCGUGAUAUUAAUAAACCUUGUAUCGAGGCCUUGUACCUGAAAGGACGUGUUUUGCCAACAUCCAAUCAUUUUCAUUCCACGGAAUCUAAAAUUCUUACCACAAACGCUAGUUAUUCUUUCAUAGAAUCUUCUCCUUAUGAAGAUAGUUAUUAUUAUUUAUUAAUUGUUUCGAGUAGCAUUAUAGAAUUUAACAUCAAGAUUGAUACAACAGAGUGUCCAAUCGGAUUAACAGAAAAAUCAUUUACUAGAAAAUACACGGACAUAAUUCCUUUAAGUUUUAAUUCUAUAACGGAAACAAGUACUUACAAAGAGUUAAUAAAACACAGAUGGUAUAAUGAAGAAAUCAAUGAUAGCAAAUUUUAUAAUAGAGAUGAAUUUUAUCGAAAAAAUGAGAAGCGAGAUAUUCAGUGUAUACCAAGACAUCGAUUAGUUCGCGUUAAACAUGCGGGAACAUUUUCAACCGUUUAUCUUCUGCAGGGAAAAGAGUGGUUAAGUUCAAGACUAGUAUUAACUGAUUCAGUUCCGAUGAUGACGCAAUUUGAUAUUUUACCAUUGAUAGAUAUCGGUGGAACACUUGAUAUCAAUGUACAUCUGGAAAUAAAGAAGCUGUCAUCAAUGCGAUCGGUUUUGGUAACAAUGUGCAUUCAACGAAAUCGUAUACCUACAAUAGAAGAUCGUUAUUCUUGUCAAAAUGGAACUUUGGCGAUAAACUUGUCGUCAUUAAGCAAACGUAACGCAAGUUUAUUAGUAGCGUAUCCACAACCUGGCACAUGGUACAUUAUUAUCCUUGCGACAUGUUAUAAUUAUGGUAAACCUGUGCGCUGUCAAAUCGAAGAAAUGUCAAUACUAUUGAACAUACGCACCAAAAGGUGUAUAUUUUCUGACCAAAGUCCUUGUGGUAAUCAUGGCAUUUGUCAAGAAAUUCAAAAGAAUAUCCUUCACUAUGCAACGUGCAAUUGUUUCAAAGGUUACACAGGAUGGGAUUGUACAGAUAUUUCAAAUAUCAUUCCUACUAUUUCUCUUAUGAGCAUCAUACUGCUCAUCACGAGCAAUGUUUUUUUCGUACCAGCUAUAUACGUAGCCAUAAAACGAAAGCUAUACGCUGAAGGACUGGUGUAUUUGGUUACGAUGCUGUUUUCGUCUCUGUAUCACGCUUGUGAUGAAAAUGGUCGAUUUUGCAUUACGAAGUAUGAGAUCUUACAAUACAUGGAUUUUUUUUCGAGUAUUUUGGCAUUUUGGAUGACAUUGAUAGCAAUGGCAGAAUUACCAAACACUAUUGUAUCAUUAUGCCAUAUGACAGGAGUGUUCAUCAUCACUUUUGGAGUGCAGAUAAACAGGAUGUGUUUAAUCAAUAUAUUGAUACCGCUGUCAUUGGGUAUUAUUAUACCGGUUUUCAGACAUACCUAUCGUACUUUUCAAGCCAGAAAAUGCAAGAAACCAAAUCGAAAAAUACUACUAGGUUUGCUCUUUGCUAUUACAGGUUUAUUACUCUAUUCUUUUAUUGAAACGGAGAAAAAUUAUCAAUAUGUACACAGUGUGUGGCACAUUAUCAUGGCAAUAUCGUUAAUAUUCUUGUUACCACCGGCAAAAUUAAAACAAACUACAUCAUCGAUAAAUGCUUCAUUCGAUGAUGAUAGUGAAUCGUGGAAUUGCAAAGAAUUUUACGGGAUCCCUACAUUUACAAUAAUUGAUCAGGAAAAUGGAACAAUCGCGUCAAAUUGAAUAUAUUUAUCAUAAAA